GGGCUGAUUCUAAUUUCUGCCGGUUAUUAAAUUAACUACCCUUGUAAUCUUUUUCCCAGUGAAACCGUUGUGUCACAGCCUGUUGCUAGCUGUCAUAAUCCUCCUCCAUGUGACCCACCACCUCCCUCCUCCUUCCCACCAAAACCAGAAGAAACCCUCUACAUUUCUACACGUAAUUGCAGAAUUUUGAUUGUAGGUAUAUAUAUGUGUACUUCUUCCUUCAUUGCUACGUUCAUCGUGAAUCGUGAUCUGAUCGUUCAGCUUGCUGAAUUUUGGAUCUAGUUUCGUGGAAUUUUGGUUUUGUAAGUUUCUAUAUAUAUGGCACAAUUGCCGCCAAAAGUGCCAACAAUGGCGCAAAAUUGGCCGUCGUUUGCGUACCAGAUGAUGUCGGUGCCGUCUUCCGCAGCUCAGCCACCGAAUUGGGUGGACGAAUUCCUUGAUUUCUCGGCAGCGAGGAGGAACUCACAUCGGAGAUCUGUCAGCGAUCCAAUAGCUUUCAUUGAGUCGCCGUUCAUCGAGGAGUGUCGUAAUUCCAAUGGAAUUAAUAAUUCCUUGAUGCCUUGCUCUAACAACAAUGGGUUUGAACGUUUGGACGAUGAGCAGUUUAGCUCCAUGUUUCCCGACGAAGACGUCGCAGCGAAUCUACCGUCGACGAGGUCGACGUCAUCUAAUCCGUCUACGCCAUCGGAUCAAAACAGUGAUAAGGACGACGCGAAACCAACUCCGCCACCGGAGCAAUUACAACAACAUCACCACCAGCCGAAGAAUGAACCUGAAGAGGUGGAAGACGGCGGCGAUUGCCAACCUGAGACAGAAUCCGGUAAACCUUGCUUUAAUUUCUCUAGCGAGGGCACCACCAUUGUUGAUCCAAAGAGGGUGAAAAGGAUUCUAGCAAAUCGUCAGUCUGCUCAGAGAUCAAGAGUGAGAAAGUUGCAGUACAUUUCUGAACUCGAACGCAGCGUCACCACAUUACAGACGGAAGUAUCGACAUUAUCACCACGAGUUGCGUUUUUGGAUCAUCAGAGAUUGGUUUUGAACGUGGAUAACAGCGCACUUAAGCAAAGAAUAGCAGCUUUAGCACAAGACAAGAUUUUCAAAGAUGCUCACCAAGAAGCAUUGAAGAAGGAGAUAGAGAGGUUAAGGAGAGUGCAUCACGAACAGAACAUGCAGAAGGCGGAGGAAGUGGAGGAGGAGGUGAACGGAGCCACCAUUGGCGAGAACGACGGUGGCUCCGCCGCCGAAACUGGAGUGGUACGGAGGCCGGAGGGAGGAGGUAGAAUCUGCUAAAUUGCGCCCCCAUGCAUGCACGUGGUGUGUUUCCUUGCUUUUGGUGGUGGUGUGAGUGGUCCCAUGAUUCGCAUGUGACUUUUUUUAAUUUAACAUGGCUUCUUCAGCACUUCAUUUUUCCUUUCCCUUUUUUUUCCUAUUCUAAAUUUAAUUUAUUUUUCUAUUUAUUUUUUAAGAUUCUUUUACCCAAAAUUAGGGUGUGGGGUGUUUGGAUAGAAGGUGGAGGUUACUUUUGUAAUUUAGUAAUUGAUGUGAUUAUUUGUAAUUUUUCUCUUUAACUAUUUUUGUCUUAGUUGGGCCCAAAUGGGCCGUUAAUGCUAUCAAAAGUCUGAUUUAAGGUUGUAA